UGGAAUCCUCACCACUACUGGCUACACACAGGAGGAUUAUACUAUGCUUGGCUCAGAUGACUUCUUCUAUGUUGGUGGAAGUCCCAGUACAGCUGAUUUACCUGGAUCUCCUAUCAGCAAUAACUUCAUGGGUUGUCUGAAGGAGGUUGUUUAUAAAAAUAAUGAUAUUCGUCUGGAGUUAUCUCGUUUGGCAAGGAUUGGUGACACAAAAAUGAAAAUCUACGGGGAGGUGAAAUUUACAUGUGAAAAUGUGGCCACGUUGGAUCCAAUCAAUUUUGAAAAUCCCGAGGCCUACAUUAGUCUGCCUAAGUGGAACACCAAACGAAUGGGGUCCAUCUCUUUUGACUUCCGCACUACAGAGCCCAAUGGCCUUAUUCUUUUCACUCAUGGUAAACCCCAGGAAAGGAAGGAUUCCAGAAGCCAGAAGAACACCAAAGUGGAUUUCUUUGCAGUAGAACUCCUGGAUGGAAAUCUUUACCUUCUUCUUGAUAUGGGCUCUGGAACUGUCAAAGUAAAGGCAACUCAGAGGAAAGCUAAUGAUGGAGAAUGGUAUCAUGUUGAUAUACAGAGAGAUGGUAGAUCAGGUACCAUUUCAGUUAACAGCAGACGGACACCUUUCACUGCAAGUGGAGAGAGUGAGAUCUUGGAUCUAGAAGGAGACAUGUACCUGGGAGGACUGCCUGAAAAUCGGGCUGGCCUUGUCCUUCCUACUGAGCUAUGGACAGCUAUGUUGAACUAUGGUUAUGUGGGCUGUAUCCGAGACCUCUUCAUUGAUGGGCGGAGCAAGAACAUCCGGCAGCUGGCAGAGCAGCAGAAUGCAGCUGGUGUCAAAUCUUCCUGCAUUAGGGUCAACACCAAACAGUGUGAUAGUUAUCCCUGUAAAAACAAUGCUGUCUGCAAGGAUGGCUGGAACCGCUUCAUCUGUGACUGCACAGGCACUGGCUACUGGGGAAGAACAUGUGAACGGGAGGCCUCUGUCCUGAGUUAUGAUGGCAGCAUGUAUAUGAAAAUUGUUAUGCCUAUGGUCAUGCAUACAGAGGCUGAGGAUGUGUCCUUCCGCUUCAUGUCCCAGCGUGCAUAUGGUCUACUGAUGGCCACAACAUCACGUGAUUCAGCUGAUACACUACGGCUUGAGCUAGAUGGAGGACGGGUUAAACUCAUGGUCAAUCUAGACUGUAUCAGGAUAAACUGUAACGCCAGUAAAGGACCUGAAACCCUUUACGCUGGGCAAAAACUCAAUGAUAAUGAGUGGCACACAGUCCGAGUGGUACGUCGAGGAAAGAAUCUCAAACUUACAGUUGAUGAUGAUGUUGCCGAAGGUACAAUGGUUGGUGAUCACACUCGCUUGGAGUUCCACAACAUUGAGACUGGGAUAAUGACAGAGAAGCGUUACAUCUCUGUCAUUCCUUCCAGCUUUAUUGGCCACCUUCAGAGCCUCAUGUUCAAUGGCCUUCUCUACAUUGACUUAUGCAAGAAUGGAGACAUUGACUAUUGUGAAUUGAAAGCCCGCUUUGGGCUCCGUAACAUCAUUGCUGAUCCUGUUACCUUCAAGACCAAGAGCAGCUACUUGAGCUUAGCAACCUUGCAGGCCUAUACCUCCAUGCAUCUCUUCUUCCAGUUCAAGACAACUUCUGCUGAUGGUUUCAUCCUUUUCAACAGUGGGGAUGGAAAUGAUUUCAUUGCAGUUGAGCUGGUGAAGGGGUAUAUACAUUACGUGUUUGAUCUUGGAAAUGGACCUAAUGUUAUCAAGGGCAAUAGUGAUCGCCCAUUGAAUGACAACCAGUGGCAUAAUGUAGUUAUCACUAGAGACAAUAGCAACACCCAUAGCCUAAAAGUGGAUACCAGGGUUGUUACUCAGGUCAUCAAUGGUGCCAAAAACCUUGACCUUAAGGGUGACCUGUACAUUGCUGGACUGGCUCAAGGAAUGUAUAGCAACCUCCCAAAGUUGGUAGCAUCGAGAGAUGGAUUCCAGGGCUGUCUAGCAUCAGUGGACUUGAAUGGGCGUCUGCCAGAUCUCAUUAAUGAUGCUCUGCACCGCAGUGGGCAGAUUGAGCGGGGAUGUGAAGUUGAGUUGACCAAAGCUGACCUGCAAGGACCAAGCACCACCUGUCAGGAAGAUUCCUGUGCCAACCAAGGCAUCUGUAUUCAGCAGUGGGAAGGCUUCACUUGCGAUUGUUCCAUGACAUCAUAUUCUGGAAAUCAGUGCAAUGACC